GAUUGCUGACAGAAUUUAGUGUCCGAAAAGUUCCCGAGUUUGGGGGCGGAAAUGCAGAUAUAAAUGUCAUGCCACCACGCGUCAGAAUCUGACAUCCCAUCCAGCCUCCCCAUAUAGCAUCCAUACCUCUCAUUCCUCUAUUCAUCCAACUCCAAAAGAUUACUUUGUCUCCUCUAUCCCCACAAACUCCAGUAUCUUUUUUUUUCUUCGAAAAGAAGAUGACAACCUUCAUCGGCUUCCUCUCCUCUCCCCUCUCUCCCACAAUAAACCACACCGUGCCCUACAUCCUCACAAACUGGACGCUCUCAUACCUGGUCCUCGCUUCUCGCCAUUGGAAACAAUACUACGGCUUCGACCAUAAUGAGUCACCGCGUUACGAUAUCCAGGAAUAUGGGGAACGCAUGGUGAAAGAGGGGAAAUUGACAAAGAGACAGUUGGAUAGGAUUAAGAGGGUGCAGAGCGCGUCGAGUAAUAGUAUUGAACAUUUUGCGUUCUUUUUGGGGUGUAUUAUCCUAGCCCAACAAGCAGGACUCCCUGUUCAAACCAUCAAUCAAUUCGGAUUGUCGUAUAAUCUCGCGAGAAUCGGAUACGGAUUCGCGUACACUUUUAUGGAAACAAGGAAUACGAGUGUAUUGAGGACGGUGUUUUGGUGGUGGGGAAAUAUUAGUUGUAUUGGUGUUUUGUUGAAGGCGGGGAGGGCGCUUAAUGAGGGGGUUUGAGGGGGGUUGUGGGUUGGAGGGGUGAUUGGUUUGUUUUGGAAAGGUAAUGGGAGAUUGGUAGAUUCCUAAUACUCAAGAUAUACCGGAGUCCCGUUUUCUCUCAGUGGAAUUAAACCACCAUAUUAUCAAGGUGGAAACCCCUUCGGCCCAGUUGAUGAUGCUCAAUAGAUGUAGCCUGUAUACUACUCAAUGGUGCGUCUAGAUUUCUCUUUAAUUGUGCUCAUGUCCAUUUGUUUCUCCUCGUCAUAAUACAACUACUGCUAAAUUUAUCAUUCGGAUUAACUUUCCACUUCCGCUCAUUAAUUCGCAUUGAAUUGAGUGAACUCCCGGGCAUCGCUAGCAAGAACAUUAUGUUCGUAAGGAAGAAUUUGGACUUUUUCCUACAACUAUGCAGUACAGGCAAGAUCUGAUACUGUAUAUUUCGGGGUGCCAGAGAGAUAUUUUAGAAUCGGAGCUGAUAUUAAGGAACAAGUUAUGUGAGCUGCUAACAGCCGGGCGUGCUGCAUAGCAAGAA